GAACAAGUGACAAUUCCACAUGACAAACCAUGUAUAUUUCUAGAAGGUGAAGGCAGAAAAUCGACGAUCAUUACAUACAAUGGUCACAGUCAAACAGAUAAAAGUGCAACUUUCUCUUCUUACCCACCAAACGUUAUUGGCAAGGGCAUCACCUUCCAGAAUUCUUAUAACCUCGGAAUGAGUAUACCCGCCGGGGUAGUGCCGGCCCUAGCCGCUAGAGUCUACGGCGACAAGUCGGCCUUCUACGACUGCGGGUUCGUCGGCGUCCAAGACACAUUAUGGGACGCCGCCGGCCGCCAUUACUUCUCCAAUUGCUACGUCGAAGGAGCCGUCGAUUUCAUUUUCGGGAGAGGCCAAUCUUUCUACGAGACAUGCAAUUGCACGCAGAACGCAGAGAUAAAAGUGACGGGAGGAGGGUUCAUCACGGCGCAAGGCAGGGAGAACGCCAACGACCCGAGCGGGUUCGUGUUCUCCGGCGGCCGGGUGGAAGACGGCGCCCCCGGCGUCCACACUCUCCUUGGGCGAGCUUACCGGAAGUACUCGAGGGUCAUCUUUCAGUCCACCUAUCUGUCCGACGCCGUCGACCCUCGUGGAUGGGACGCUUGGCAUUACGCCGGGCAAAAUUUCGUCUACGUCGAGGCGGACUGUAGAGGGCCGGGAGCAGACAAAUCAAAGCGAGUUCCAUGGGAGAAGAAGUUGGACCCGCGUGAUCCUUCCCUCUUGAGGCAGUUCUCCAAGGAGGUGUUUGUGGACCAAGAUGGUUGGAUUGCCAACCAACCCACCUCCUAA